CACCUGCCUACCUACCCACAUUACCGAUUUCCUGCCGCCUUCCUUACCAUUCUUUCUUUUCGUAACUUGAACACCAACUGGCAACACUCGAUCGAACCUAUCCUUUCCAGCCAAAUUGCCCGGUUCGACGCCCUCGCCUCAAAAGCUCAAUUCACACCGUCGCCGUCGCCGCCAUCCAAUUGGACACGUCCUGGUCGGUCGAACUGUGCCUCAACACAAGGUGUCUGAGGCAUUACCUCAUUGAAACAGUACAAGCAGCCACUACCCGUCGACAUCCAUCGGCCCUCCGGACGCCCGCGCAAGGCGCUGCACCGCAAACUGUUGCCCAGCGCAUCAGCAACAAGUCUUUGCUACCGCCCCCGAAACCUGUAUACAUCUAUACAUCCAUGACAUUGUACCUUGGCUGCAACGGCACAUCACAGUAGGGCUUGUCCGCACAGUAUUCUCUCGGGCCCCCCGAAUAAGCAACCAUGGUGCGAGACAGCAGAGACGCCGACGAUUCUUCGGCAAUCAGCCAAUCAAGACGUCCUCCUCUCAAUCACCAAGAGAGUGAUUCGACAAACAGCGAUCAAACUCACCGGGAUCACCAUCAUCAGCACCGCUCCAAGCAGAAACACGUCGUCGGCGCCGGGCGGUUACAUGCACGCGUCCCUUCCUCUAAGGCAUUACACAAGCACCACGGCUCGACAGCCGCCAAACUGAAUCACCGCCGACAAGCAUCUCCUUCUCCCGACAGAAAUCGAGCAGCUGCCGCCGGUCAUCGUCGAGUCCAAUCCGAAGCGAAGCUUUCUCGCGAUAGUUCGUCCGCCAAUCUCAGCAAGACGGCCUCUGCGGCAAGUUUGCGCCGGAACAAGUCCCAUGGGGAAGUGAAUAAAACGGGAAAGGUUAAGUCAUCGGAAAAACUCAAGAGAACAAACUCAAACCCUGCCGUCAACAAGGUCAAGUCGCAAAAGUCCCAGGUACACUUUGACUUGGGCAACGACGGAAACGACGGGCACGACGGGCAGGACGACGAAUGGGUGGAUGCCAGCACAUCUGCCUCUCCGUAUCUGUCAAGGCGAGGCUCCUUGGCCAGCACGCAAGCCUCAGCCAAACCCGACGAUAGCAACACGAAUAACAGCGCAAACGACUCGAGGGCAGAAACCCCUGCGGCGCAUUCAUCGCCCCUAGCCGCAGCGACUCCCGACCACGAGACUGUCCAGCACAAGGAAUAUUUGACUUCGAGACUGCUCCAGCGUACCCCCUCGCAAGGGGCGCCGCCAAAGAUGACGGCAGACACAGUCUCGGUCUCACGGCGGGGCCACUCCCGCUCUCCUGACUCCAUCGGCCGCGGCUCGACGCUCGCCGAAUCCCACAACGUCAGCACCCUGCCAAGCUCCGGCGAUGAGCUUAUCUCGAGGUUCGUCAAUGCCGGAAGCUCAGGCGCGGCCCGCGAAGGCUCCUUUUACCAGCUUCCAACACCGAGGCCCGCUAGUCUGAGAUCAGAGGAAAUCCCUCAACGGAGGCCACAAUCCUCGAGCUCUGGACGCCCGGGGCGGCAGGGAAGGGCGCGUGGCUCACCAUUGUCGGACGAUGAAGAUGAGGGUCGUCGUGAGAUCGACGGCACAGCGCUUGCGCCGCGAUCAGUAAGGCGCUCCGCCCCGCCGGCCGAGAAGUCACGAACGCAACAGAAGCUCAACCUGCAGCGGGCCAGCUCGGUUAUCGAGCCGGGGCAGGCAGUUGGAGGAGGAGUCGGUGCGGUCGGCGCAAGCCCUCUGGUCGGCAUUGGAGGCCCGGGCUACGAUGGCGGCGCGAGCCGCGAUCCACGCGUCACGAAGCAAUUGGAAAGGACGGGAAUGGAGUACCUCAGCGUCCGGCGUUUUCAGAACCCCGUGGUGCGCUCACUCGACCGCCUCGUCCAGGUGAACCGCGCAAACAAGAACCAGCGGAUACCGCGUAACGGGACCGCCAAUGGCAACGGCAAAGCUGCAUCGAUGCGUGGCGGCGUCGUCCCCGGACAGCAGCAGCAACACAUGCGGAACUCGAGCCUUAACGAGGCUGCGCUAGCUGCCGCUUCCGGCGGCACCGGAUCCGUCCGGAGGCCCGUUACGCCCCGCGCGUAUUCGAUCCGGACGAACGGCGCCGGGUCCAGCUACGACGUCGACCCCGACGACAAUCAAAGCGGCCGGGUCUUGCACGAGGGCAGCGUGGUGCAAGGGCUCAGCGGGUCGAGCCUGGUCGGCGGCGAGGAGGACGAGGGCGUCACCGCGAUCCUCCGUAACUUGUGGGAGAAGAACCCGGACCUGAGCGCCAGCCAGGAGUAGGACGACCUUGCUGACCGCACGGAUCUGGAUAUGAUUCCGUCCGACUAAGGAGACGGGACCGUCACCAAGAUCGAGAAAUGAAAGUAAUAUAACAUGCCGGGCCUGUUCGGAUUCAAUGUGCCGGCGGCGGCGCUACCGCAUGUCGGCCGGAUGAGAGUUACGCGCGCUUCUAUUCGGUUGCGAAACGGGCGCGUGUUCCCAACAACGGUGUACUUAUGAAAUGGCUAAGCCAAUGCAGGGCAUGUGGUUCUGUCGGGGUUGCGUUCUCCAGCAAACUCCUUUUUUUUCUUUCGUGUUUUUUUUUUCCCGCUCCCCCUUUCUGGGAAUGCUUAACUUUCGAUCGUGUUUUAAGGCCUUCCAACCAGACAUGGAGCCGCAAGAAUAUGCCGGGCUAGACACUGGGGCAAAGCGGAAUAAGUACGGAUAGACACAGAGGGGCUGAUACAUCGGUGAAGUAUGCAAAAACCACCUAAUAAUGGACGAGGCUUCAUUGUCCAAGACAUGGC